GACAAAGCGACAUAUCCAUAAACCUCAUAACAUUGUAUACCACAGUCGCUCCGCAAAUCCCAAAAGAUGGAUACAGAAAAGUUGACGCAGUACAACCGCGAGUUCUUUGACAAAGCCGCGGAGUCAUUGAUAUUUGAGACUCCCUGGAUCCGGGACCUCGUCAACCACAUCAUUGACUUUAUUCGUGAAAAUAAGGAAUGGAUCGGCGUCUUCAAAGACCCAAACUGCCCUGAACAGGGUUUGAAAAUGCUGGAUUACGCCUGCGGUGAUGGUGCCGCCUCCAAGGCUUUGAUUUCCUCCUUCUCCGUAUUCCGAGGCAUCGACAUCUCCAGCGGCAUGGUCUCGCAGUACAACGCCACCGGCCAAUCUCAAGGCUUCUCUCCACAAACCUGGUACGCCGUCCAAGGAAACCUACUCGAGGACUCCGAAGCGCUCAAGGACCCCGAUCUCCAGGAUUUCGACCUAGUGGUCAUAUCAAUGGCACUUCACCACGUCCCGCCCCAGGAAAUGGUACACAAGCUGGCCGGGUGCCUGCGACCUGGCGGGACGCUGCUCGUGAUUGAUUUUGUCAAGUUUGAGGUAUCGGGUGGGGAUCUCCCGGCUGUGCAUACUAUGACGCGGCAUGGAUUUACGAAGCAAGAGGUUCUAGAUUUGUUUGCUGGGGCGAAGUUGCAGGAUGAGGGACAUAUAUUGCAUCCGGAAAUGACGACGGUGCCGGAUAUGAUGGGUGGGAAGCAGCGACUGUUUCUUGCUAGGGCGAGGACGGCAUUGGGUAGCAAAUGAUCUUUCCAAGAUGAAGGUCGGCUUAGACAAACGAAGGUAUGGAAUUGGAAUGAACUGAGGAAUGCUUUUUCCGAACCAACCAAUUCUACAAUCCAAGUCAAUUACGAGGCGGUGUCAAAGAACAGAAGUAGGUCGUUUUAAUGCCUUUUCUUUUUGUCCUUUUAGCUACAGACCACCUGCUCUUACUGGUCAAACCCAAGAGUCAACCUCAGCUUCGUCG